UCACCACGGCGCUAGUAGUACAAGCGCGCACUGGUGGGGACGCUCGAAGUGGUGGGGACACGGGUAUAUAAGCAGGCGCCCGAGACGAGACUGGCACUUCAUGCUCAACUGUGUUACAGCAACAAAUGAAUCUCGUGAAGGACAUUCUACCAGAUUUUUCUACGGUAACUUACAGACACAAAAAUCUGACGAAAAUUUGACAUUUUCUUCAUCGUCAUCAACUCCAAAGACAGAAGAGGCAGAACAUCGAAAAGCAGAGAAAAAAACUUUUCGCUCGAGUGGAAUAUUCAGAUUAAAAUCACCAACUAGAUCUCGCGAAGAAAUGUCUACCAGUUCAAUUGGAAAGACUGAAAAUGUGAAAGCUGGAAUUCCGGAGAAACAAUCUUUUACUUCCAGUGAAAGAUUGAGUUUAAAAUCAACAAAUGAAUCUCGUGAAGGACAUUCAACCAGAUUCUUCUACGGAAACUCACAGACAAAAAAAUCUGACGAAAAUUUGACAGUUUCUCAAUCACCAACAACUUCAAUGACUGAGCAGGCUGAACCUCGAAAAGCAGAAAAGAAAACUUUUCGCUCGAGUGGAAUAUUCAGAUUAAAAUCACCAACUAGAUCUCGCGAAGAAAUGUCUACCAGUUCAAUUGGAAAGACUGAAAAUGUGAAAGCUGGAAUUCCGGAGAAACAAUCUUUUACUUCCAGUGAAAGAUUGAGUUUAAAAUCAACAAAUGAAUCUCGUGAAGGACAUUCUACCAGAUUCUUCUACGGUAACUCACAGCCACAAAAAUCUGACGAAAAUUUGACAUUUUCUUCAUCGUCAUCAACUUCAAUGACUGAGCAGGCUGAACCUCGAAAAGCAGAGAAGAAAACUUUUCGCUCGAGUGGAAUAUUCAGAUUAAAAUCACCAACUAGAUUUCGCGAAGAAAUGUCUACCAGUUCAAUUGGAAAGGCUGAAAAUGUGAAAUCUGGAAUUCCGGAGAAACAAUCAUUUACUUCCAGUGAAAGAUUGAGUUUAAAAUCAACAAAUGAAUCUCGUGAAGGACAUUCUACCAGAUUCUUCUACGGUAACUCACAGCCACAAAAAUCUGACGAAAAUUUGACAUUUUCUUCAUCGUCAUCAACUUCAAUGACUGAGCAGGCUGAACCUCGAAAAGCAGAGAAGAAAACUUUUCGCUCGAGUGGUAUAUUCAGAUUAAAAUCACCAACUAGAUCUCGCGAAGAAGUGUGUGUCAGUUCGAUUGGAAAGACUGAAGAUCUAAAAUCUGGAAUUCCGGAGAAACAAUUUUUCUCUUCUAGUGAAAGAUUGAGUUUAAAAUCACCAACUAGAUCUCGCGAAGAAAUGUCUAUCAGUUCAAUUGGAAAGACUGAAAAGCAAAUUUUGUCUUCGAGUAAAGGACCGGAAAAAAAAAUUUCAUUUCAUAGUCAAAGAUUAAGUUUGAAAUGUAACCCUGCUGGAAGUAAAGAGAUACAAAGAGAUUAAAAAAAGGGGAUAAAAAAAGAUUAGAAAAUAUAAUAGUUUGGAGAUGCAAAAUGGAUACUUAAAAGAGAUACAAUUUUUUUAUCUCUUUCUAUAACUUUAUAUUUAUAUAUCUUUUUAUCCCUUCUAAUCUCUUUAUAUACAGUUUUAGAUAUAGAAAUAUAUAGAAAAAAAUAUAUAGAAAGAGAUAAAAAAUUGGGGAUGCAAAGUGGUGAAUUAAAGAAGAUAGAACUUUUUAAUCUCUUUCUAUUCAUACAUUUCUGUCUUCCUCUAUCCAUUUUCACAUCCUUUCUAAUCCAAAGGAAAGUAAAAAAGGAGAUACCCCUUAUAGAAGAAAUCGAUUAAUUUCAAUUAAAAACUUUCUCUAUUGUUGUUAAUUGAGUUUCUUAAUCGGCGUGUUGUUUUAAUUCAUUACGAUUAACUAUAAAAAAUUUGCAAGUAAAUCUUUAAUACAUUUUUAGAAAAGUUUCGAUGCUUUGUGAGUUUAAAACUAAUUUUGGUUGUCUAUUACUGAUAAACAUUUAUUGGUUAAAUAUAUUUACAAUAAACUAUAAAAAUAUGGAAGUUAUAAACUCAAACAAAAACGUACAAUCGCACAGUGCAUAACACACGCUUUCUGAUCUACGGAUCUACUGACCCGACGCCAUGACACAUAACAGCUGGGAAGAUCGACGCAUGCGCGUAUAAGUUUAUGAGUAUGUAUAUAGAAAGGGAUAUACUAUAGUAGAUUAGAAGAGAUAAUCUUAUUAUAUCUCCUCAAAUCCCCAUAUUCUUAACUAUCCCUAUCUCUUCUAAAUAAAGUAAUAGGAGAUAGAAUAUGGGAUUGAAAGAAGAUUAAAAGAAUAACAUUCGGAAAAGAAGAAUGAUAAAAAGAAAUAAAAAAGGUUUAUAGUUUUGCAGUCUCGCAUUUCUAUCUUUUUCUAUCUCAAUAAUGGGAAUAAUGGUAAUAAAUAAGUGUUAAUAAGAUCCUACAUAAAAAGCGAUGGAAGGGUAUAAAUAGGAUAUCAAUAGUUAUUAAGAAUAGGUUAUAAAUGUGGAGAAAGAAGAGUAUCAAGAACUUCUGUCAUAAAAAGAGAUAGAAGUUUAUAGACAGGUUAUUAAAAGGUAUUGAGA